AUGGCCAUUGUUUGGGAUGAAUGCACAAUGUCCCAUAAGAGGUCACUGGAAGCGCUGGACAGAACAUUAAAAGAUCUUCGUGACAACCGAUAUAUUUUUGGUGUGACCAUGAUUCUGUUGUCAGGUUAUUUUUGUGAGACUCUUCCAGUUAUUCCCCGAUCAACUGUUGCUGAGGGACGAAAUUUAUGCCUAAAAUCAUCAGCAAUUGGAAAUAAUAAAGUUGCAAUGGACACCUCGACUGGAUUCAUUACAUUACCCACAGAUUUCUGUCACAUCACAGAUUUAAAAGAGAAGCUUAUUCAGCGUGUUUUCUCAGAUAUAGCGCAAAAGGAUCUCAAUACGACCAUUCAGAAUUUUCUUCCAGGACAGUUGGUUUCCUUCAAAUCAGUCGACACUGUUAUGAACCAGGAUGGCGUAGUCAACUAUCCCACGGAGUUUUUAAAUUCACUGGAAGUGCCUGGAUUACCACUUCACAAUUUGCAGUUAAAAGUUGGAUCAGUUGUCAUCAUGCUGCGUAACAUUAAUCAACCUCGACUAUGCAAUGGAACAAGACUGGCUGUGAAAAGCUGA